AUGCCUACGGGCUACCGCAUCGAGCUGUCGCCCAAUGCCCGGGCCAUGUGCAAGAACAAGGAGUGCAAGGAUGCAGGCGUCAAAAUCCAAAAGGGUGAGCUGCGGUUCGGCACCCUUGUCACCAUCGAGGAACACACAAGCUGGACGUACAAGCAUUGGGGAUGUGUUACCCCGGAACAGAUCAAGAAUGUGCAGAGCUUCAUCGACGGAGACAUGGACCUGUUGGAAGGCUACGAGGAGCUGCCCCAAGAGGAGAAGGACAAGGUAGACUUCGCCAUCAAGAACGGCCAUGUCCCUGACGAAGACUGGAAAGGCGAUAUCGAGAAGAACCGACCAGGCAUGAAGGGCUUUCGCGUGAAUGCACCAAGGAAGAAGAAGGGUACCAGGAAAGACAAAGAGGAAGGGGAGCAAGAGGAGGAAGAGGAGGAGACAGGGAAGCCUCAGAAAAAACGAGGCCGUCCCGCUAAAGACGAGGGCGAGGCGGAGGCUCCGGCUGCAAAGAAACGUGGACGUCCUGCCAAAGAGACUGGGAGAAAGAAGGCCACGAAGAAAGAGGAGACCAGCGACGGUGGGUAUGGGCAAGAUCUUGUUGAGGAAACUGCCGCACCACCCAAGAAAGCGAGAGGCAAAAAGGCAGCUGCCCCAAAGAUGGAGAGCGACGACGAAGCCGACCGCCCAGAGCCGAAGAAGCCAAGGGGUAGGAAGGCUGCCGCGAAGGAGAAGGAUAACCAGGAAGCGGAAUCCAAGCCCUCCAAAGCCCGAGGUCGCAAGCCUGCAGCCAAGGCAUCAUAUGCAGAGGAAGCCACCGACGAAGAGGAGCAGGAGGAACUUGGUAUUGCCAAACCCAAGCGCGGGCGCAAGAAGACCGCGGCUUGA